AUGGUCAUGGCCACCGUCAAGAAGGAAAAGCCGAGCUCCGCAGAAGGUUGUGCUCGCUGUCGUUGUCUGCCCGAGCAAGCCGGGCGCCGCCCUGACGGUAUCUUCCUGUACCUUGAGGAUAGCGCAGGAGUUAUCGUCAACGCCAAGGGGGAGAUGAAGGGUUCCGCCAAUUGUCGUCGGGGGUGA